UAAUGCCAACUAAAAAUGAUCCUGUUGUUCAAAACACUUGUUCUAGUCAAUAUUCUCCACUUGGAAUUUUUCUUUUAUCAAAAGAUGAGGCAGCUGAACAUGUUCUAUUUAUGUACCCUUUCAAUCCGGAUCUUAAUUUUGAAGAUGAUGAGAACACAAAAGAUGAAUGUAUCGGGCUUGAAUGCUGGAAAGAAAAGGACGAUCUUUUGUCUGACAAGGGAACAUUUCGAACUUUCGAAAUGUUCCCUUGUGAACAACAAAAAAGUGUUGAUAAUGAAGAAUUGGAGACUGGAACAUUUGGUUUGCCAGUAAAAAUGUUGGCUACACUUUUACAAACAAAUACGGGCAACAAAGAAGGAGAACCUUUUGAAAUUAAAGUAAAUAACAUUCGUUUUGCUGGCGUUCCGUGGUGUGUAGAUGCUUGUGAAGGUGUUUGCUUGGCCGUUGUUUUUAUUCUUUCUAGCUCUUGUGGUUGCCAUAUUGUUGAAGCUUUUCAAAGAUUGAGCAAGAAGAUUGCUGUUGCGAUUAGUGCUGAACAACAACGAUGUAAUUACUUGAGCGAGCAAAUAUGUUUAAUGCAGCCAUCUCACGAUGAAUUUGAAGCAAUGGGCGAUGAACAACGCAGAGGACGUUCUCCAUAUGAAACAAUUUUGGCCAAAAGUGGAUUAGCUCAACAUUUACGUGAUAUUUAUAAUGAUGUUUGUGAAUAUGGAAUGGUUGAUGUUUUUGUUAAUGAUAGCAGUGAAGUUGGAUUUUGUGUAGAACCCAAAGCAAUGUUUCAUGCUGGCCUAACUCCUCGUUCUUCUACCCAAAUAGACUCUUUAAUGUCCAAAAUUCGUCCUUAUCAUGGAAUUUUAUUUCUCGAAGAUUCUGUUCCUAAUCCAAGCUCAAACCCUUUUGUUCUUCGUUUUCUUGACAAUUACGAACCAACAAGAAGUAUUGAAGAAAUGGCUUCAUUAUCAAACCUCGUAUUAGCUCAAGCACUUCAAAUAGUUCGUCAUUACCUUCUUUGGUCUAGAGCAAUUAUAAUUUAUCCAAUUUGUGCUUCUAAUGUUUAUGCAAACGCUGAAAAAUUACCUCCGGGAUAUAAACAAUUGGAAACUGCAUUCAUUCAACAAUUCCCAGAAUUUAAAUUAAAUGACAUUUUUGAAGCGUUUUCCCCGCCAUGUUCACUUGGUUCAUAUCUUCAAGAUACUGCAAUUUAUGGAGGAAAACCGAACGUUCCUAUAGUACACACCCCAUUUAUUCGCGAAGAAAGUUUAUUACAAAAUGGUCAGUGAACUCAAAAUGGUCGGCUCAUCGAGCUGAAUCGAAUGGCGAAUUAUCGGUACCUGGGAACAUCUAUGAGCUGAGAACAGAGUUCCAAAAAUAUCUAGAGAAACGGGCAACAAGGACCAAUAUUUUGAUA